UGCCAGUGAGACCUCAAAGAGGAAGUGGAGACAGAGAGGGCUGGGCUUUAGCACAGCCUGCUAGACUUCUUUUGGAAGAGUGCUGGGAAGAACACACUCCUGCAGGACAACUGAGCUGCUACGUGCCUGGCACUGGCCUCAGCCCAGCUCCUUCACUAUGGUGGUCCCCACUGGCAAUGAAUCCAGUGCUACAUAUUUCAUCUUAAUAGGCCUCCCAGGGUUGGAAGAGGCUCAGUUCUGGCUGGCCUUUCCAUUAUGCUCACUCUACCUUAUUGCCGUGCUAGGUAACUUGAUGAUCAUCUACAUUGUGCGGACUGAACACAGCUUACAUGAGCCCAUGUAUAUCUUUCUUUGCAUGCUUUCUGGCCUGGACAUCCUCAUCUCCACUUCGUCCAUGCCCAAAAUGCUGGCCAUCUUCUGGUUCAAUUCCACUACCAUCCAGUUUGAUGCUUGUUUGGUACAGAUGUUUGCCAUCCAUUCCUUAUCUGGCAUGGAGUCCACAGUGCUGUUGGCCAUGGCCUUUGAUCGCUAUGUGGCCAUCUGCCAUCCACUACACCACGCCACUGUGCUUACAUUGCCUCGUGUUGCCAAGAUUGGCAUGGCUGCUGUGAUACGGGGUGCUGCACUGAUGGCUCCCCUGCCUGUCUUCAUCAAACAGCUACCCUUCUGCAGCUCCAAUGUCCUUUCCCAUUCCUACUGCCUACAUCAAGAUGUCAUGAAGCUGGCCUGUGCUGACAUCCACGUCAAUGUCAUUUAUGGCCUCAUUGUCAUCAUCUCUGCCAUUGGCCUGGAUUCCCUUCUCAUCUCCUUUUCAUAUCUGCUUAUCCUUAAGACUGUGUUGGGUUUGACACGUGAAGCCCAGGCAAAGGCAUUUGGCACUUGUGUUUCCCAUGUCUGUGCUGUUUUCAUAUUCUAUGUGCCUUUCAUCGGAUUGUCUAUGGUGCAUCGUUUUAGCAAGCGGCGUGACUCUCUCCUGCCUGUCAUCAUGGCCAACAUCUACCUGCUGGUUCCUCCUGUGCUAAACCCCAUUGUCUAUGGAGUAAAGACAAAGCAGAUCCGACAGCGCAUCCUUCGUCUUUUCCAUGUGACUACACAUACGACAGAUUCCUACUGAACAACUUUCUUUUCACUCAAAGUCCUCCAAUUCAGAUUUUUCACAUCAAUGUUUUGGAAGACAGUAUUAAAAAAACAAAUCUCCCUUAACAGAAUACAACUCAGAUCCUUCAAAGAUGAAACUGGUUGGGAAUUCUCUAUGUGGAAGGGGAUGGGAGGACCAUACAAUCCCAAUAUCCAUUUUUUCCAUAUUAUAUUCCCCUUAGUUUUUUCUUCCUAUGAUUAUUAAAAUUCUGGCAUAGUGGUGGCUGGAAGAUUUUCAUUUUAACAUUCAGUCCAGAUUGAAGUUGCUUUCUCUGGUGGUCCACAGGGCUCUGAGAAAAGGAUAGUGCAUCUGAAGGACGUUUGCCAAAGGCCUAAGCAUGACAAAAGGAAAAUAAAUACAAGAAUCCAAUAAAAUUAGGUCAUCUGGUUUAAGACUCCAACUUUCUCUUCAGAAGUCCUAAUAUUUCUGGAUCUCAUGAAAGAAGAUAUGCCUGGCUUUUUUUCUUCAAGACAACCUCCACAGAGAAGAAAUAAUUGCUUUUUCUUGGGGCACUGGGCUCCAAAGAGAAGGUUGCAAAUAAAGUCUUAAAAAUAUCAUAUUGGCCUGUACUUUGUUCAGAGAAUGAAAGAUAACACAUUUUGUUCUGAAAGUUUCCACAGCCUAUGAACUCUCAUUUCCUUAUUUAAUUUUAAAAAUCAAAUUUUUGAUUUAGGCAGAAAUAUUAGCACCCUCAUUGUACAAAGAAGAAAUUAAUGUUUCAUGGGAAACAGUAAAUUGCAUAGGAUCACAUAAGCUCAAAAGAAUUAAGACUUUUAAUAUUCAAUUUUACAGCAUAUGACAGGAUUGGUAGACCAGUGUGUUAGGUAUUUCCAGAGUUUUGCAUUUUCUAGAUGAAGCAUUUAAUCACUCAUUCUGUGUUGUAUUGGGGAGUUUCCUGUCACAUGGCUUUAAUUCUAAUAGCUCUUGUUCUUCCUGAUUUGGUUGCCACCAUGCCUAUAUUGUGGAAGCAGGAAUAGGUUUGGGGAGUUCUCAAAUAGUGAUUUAUUUGGGAAAUAUUGUGACUAGCAGUGGAAUCAGGGACAUCUAAGAGACCCUUUAGGAAGAGAAGUAGCUGAGACCAUCCAGCAGCCCAUGGAAUAAUGGCAGGACUUGUUACCACAGACCAGAGAGUCGAAAGCAAGAGGCACCAUAGGUUUAAGUAGGGCCAAUAGCCCAUAUGGCUGGACUGCAAGCAAGACUGACGGAAAGUUGGAUGGGUAAAAAGUGAAGAAAGUCUACACACAGGCACUGCAUGUCCUCACACGUCCCCAGGGCUUUGAGCUGUCCUGCAGAGGAAGGUCAUAAAAUGAAGGUUGUUCAGCAAUGUCAAGUGAAAGAGCAAUGAAGACUGCAUCCUUGCUGGCUGUACUUAGCAUGAGUUUGGCCCUGUGGUCCACCUGGGAGCCCUAUAAACCAGGCACAGCACUUUUAGAAGGGUGGUGGGCACCAUGGGAAUAUAAGUACGAGUGGAUUAGACAGGAAUUGAGAUCACCACCCAUGGGGAAAGCCCUAACAGACCCAAGGUGAGGCAGGUGAGUAUGAGAGCAGGCAGCAUAGUGAAGAGUAGAGCAUGUUGCCAAUCUGAAUUUUCUUGCCAUAGCUAGAGGCACAGAGGCCUACCUGGUAGAGAAGCAUAGAAACAGCAUAUGCAAUUUCUUGGACUGUGAUGGAAGAGAUGAUGAUUGUGGCCAAAAUGAAAUUGGCUGGGCCCAGGUGAGUGGUGGACAAAAGAACUAGUAGCAUAAGAUGGGGUCAGUGCAGGCUUCAGUCACUUUGAAUUACAUGGAGAAUUAGUUGAUCUCUCAGAAGUGUGCUGACUCUGGAGUUGAAAAAAGAAUAAAGAGAGAGAAAAGAUGCAUUUUCUUCUUAAUA